GAUGUGGAGGUGAAAGGUCGUGUCCAUGUGGUCUACAGGAGAUCUGCCAUCAAAAGGGAACCAGUCCAAAGAAGGGAGGACCUCCACAAUGAAGUGACAGACUUUGGGAUUGCUAACCUCUCCGGUGGUCUGGACCUCUUGGAGCACAAGCUGACAGAGUCUGUGCGCAAACGGGCGGCACGCCAAGAAGGACGACUACAACAUCGAGGUGCUGCUGGCUGUGGACGACUCUGUGGUGCGCUUCAUGGCAAGGAGCACGUACAGAACUAGUUCUCACACUCAUCAACAUAGUUGAUGAGAUCUACCACGAUGAGUCCUUGGGAACCAACAUCAACAUCGUCCUCGUCCGCAUGAUCAUGGUUGGGUACAGACAGUCCAUCAGCCUGAUCGAGCGUGGGAACCCGUCCCGUAGCCUGGAGCAGGUGUGUCGCUGGGCCAACACGCAGCAGCGCCGGGACCCCGAUCACGCUGAGUACCAUGACCAUGCCAUCUUCCUCACAAGGCAAGAUUUUGGUCCCGCAGGUAUGCAAGGUUACGCCCCGGUGACAGGCAUGUGCCACCCUCUGAGGAGCUGCACUCUGAACCACGAGGACGGAUUCUCCUCGGCCUUCGUGGUGGCGCACGAGACCGGACAUGU